AUGACAGCAACGUCAAGCACGUCCCCACGUGCAUUACGCGCUGCUCAAUGUGGAGAGGCGUCGCAGCUACACGAGGAAGAGCACGAGGAGCCGACGGGACGGGAGGGAAUAGCAACAUCUGGGGAGUUGGUGGCUGAUGCAGCUGAGGCUGGGGAAGCGGUAACUGGUUCAGAGGCGGCUGCUGAAGCGGCUGAGCACGAGGAGGCGCCGCUGGUGGGGACUGACGUGGCUGCUGCGGUGGAGGGGGCGGAGACUGAGGAGGGGCCGGUGUCUGCUGACGUGACUGCCGCUGCCUCUGGCGGUGGCUCAAUCUCACCCUCUGCCACCCCCCGAGUAGCACUCCCGCAGGUGGAGAGCCAGAGGCUGGCUGGCGCUCAGGAACAGACAGCGGAGGCGGCGCUGUCCGCUUCACCGGCGUCUGUGGCGGCUGCUGUGCUGGCGGCGGUGAUGUCUGCUGCAGCGGGGGAACAGAACGGAGCCCCGACCGAGGAGGACGGGACGGCUGCCGCUGUGUGCGCUGGAACGCCUGCUGCUGCCGUGGGCGCAGACACAGCGUUCGCCGCCAUCACAGGGAGAGGGGCCACCACCGAUGCCCACGGAGCAGGCGGAUCCGCAAACAGUGGAGGCGAGGCCGCAGAGGAACCAAAAUGCUGA